UGAGUGUGUUCUGAGCCCAUCUGUUGUGCAGCUUAAUGACCGUGACACGCUCCAGACCUCAUGAGAUAAAAUGUGUAAACACCCGGGGUUGAAGGGGACAACGCCCCCUGUUAGGAGGUCACCUCUGUUCACCUGUCAGGUAGUGACCCUCAGGGUGGCUGUAGGGAAGAGUGUGAACAAUUCCAGUGUAUUUUAGCUGUUUUAAGGCAAAGGUGGGUGUAUGCACAAUACCUGCGUGUGGCCGAAGUGCUCAUCUCCAUACCUUUGGCCCUUCAGCCUGUGGCGCGGGCCAGUGUGAAAUCUGGGGUUGCCACAGUUUACCCUCCCCAGGUUUCCCCAGGUACACAUUUGUUGACCAACCCAAAGGGAGGAUGAACAGCUGGGUGAGCUGCAUGCCAACUGUCCGGGCUGGGAUCCAAAUCCUGGCCCGCAGAGUGGUAGCCAGGCAUGCUGACCACUGCUCCACGGAGGUGCACUAGCUGUCAAAAGCCGUGGGUUUUGGCUGCUGUGGGACGCUGUGGCCACUCCGCCGUCCGCGGCCGUGCAGGAUUGCACACACAAGUGAGUGAGGAUGAGCUCAGACACACUCACGCUGCCCACCGAUGCCGAGGUCUACGAGAGCAUCACCAACAUCGCCAUCUGGCUGGAGACACACAGCCAUGCCGGGCCGCAACAAACCCCGGAGGAGAUCACCGCUGAGGACCUGGCUGUGGCGGUGCCUGGUGAGUGCCUCUUCCCGGAGCUGAGUGCCGAGAACGAGGAUGCGUCGCAUGAGGAGGAGAAGGGCAUCCUUGUCUACACCGACAGCCGGGAAGACAAGUACAUCUGGCUGAAGGGCGACUGGCACCCCCUGGAGCGUGUGCUGAGCAUAUCGCUGAACAAGACAGGCUGGGUCAGGACGCCGUCCCUGGGUGAGCGUCUGCUGGUGCUGAUCCUGACACAGCUGGACUAUGCGGCGCGGGAGGCAGAGUCUGAGGUGCCGUACGGGUGCUGUCCCCUUAGCGACCCAACCUACCUCCUGUGGCACAUGAACCGCCCGGCUGGCAUGUGCUCCCUGAAGCGUAAGGGCACCAGCAUAUGGGGCGGGGAGGAUGUGUACGCGUGUGACACCCUGGACACCAUGUACGUCCGGCCGUGUGCGCGCCGGCAGGGUCACUCGCUGGCCCUGCUGCGCACACUGACCUCCGAGCUGCCACCGGGGGACCACCUGGGCCUGUCACACCCUGUCUCCCUCAGCAUGUGCAAAGUGCUGCUCAAGUUCAUCCAGGUGUACCCUGAGCUGCGGGACACCAUGUGGACGCUGGACGAGGACGGCGAGGUGUCCGGCACUGUGACCCUCAUGCUGGGCUCCCUCAUGAUGCGCGGGGCCCUGCAUGGCGCUGGCACCCACGCCCCUGCCCAGCCCGGCCCUCAGCCCAUGGACGAGGCGCAGCAGCCCAUGGAGCAGGCCGACCAGCCCGACCAGCCCAUGGAGCAGGGGCAGGGGCAGGGGCAGAAGCAUGGCCGUGACACACACCAGGAGUCCGAGCCUUGUGACACCUCAUAAGGUUGUUUGCUUUCUCUCCCUCUCCUCCUUUCUCUUUCUGGAUUUGUUUAUGUUUGGGUUAACUUCUUCACACACUUCUAUAUUUCUCUUCUUUUACUGGUUCUUGUAGUUUUAUUGUAGUUUUCCUCCUUCAUAUUCUCUUGUACUCCUUCUCCUCCUCCUCCUUGUUCCUCCCUCUCUCUUUCUCUUGCUAGAUUUGUUUACGUUCAGUUUUCCUUCUUCACACACUUAUUUUCUCUUUUUUCACUGUUUCUUGUAAUUCAACCUUCACACACUUCUAUAGUCUUUUUAAUUCACUCUUGUAAUCAUCCUUCUCAUGUUUCUCUUCCUCCCACACCUAUCCAGUCUUUCUUUUUAAUCCACUCUCCUAAAUCUCAUCCUUCUUAUGUUUUUUGCCUUAUUUGUAUAGUUUAAUUUGCCUCCUUGACACAAAGCCUUGCAAUCGUCCUCUUUCACAGGUCCUUGUAGUUCUUUUCUUUAGCCUUCAUCCCUCGCACACCUCCAUAGUCCUUCUCUCUAAUACACUCCUCUCGUCCUCACCCUUCACUCCCUCCUGCCAUCAGUGCCGUGGGAGAGGUGACAAAUGGGUUCUGUCAGUCGGAGGUUUUCAGUGAUUUUGUUGUUUACACUUUUGCGGAUAAGUAAGAUUAAGGGAGAUGUCUAUUUGUAGCGUUCCAUAUUUAUUUAACCCAGUUUACUCAUGUGGUAGUCUCUGAGCGAGUACUAGUUUUAUUUAGUUGGUAGACCUACGUAGCUGUGUUGCCCUCGGUGGUGUUUCGUUCUGGUUAGUUGUAAUACCUGUAGUUGAUAUUAGGGACAUUUUACGCAAGUCACCGCCGCAAAGUUUGGUUGUCAUGGAAGUUUCCCGAGAGAGAACGCGACCAAGGGGAGGAGGAGCCCAGAGGGACGAGUGAGUGUGUAUUGAUCUCAUAACUCAUAUUUGUGUCGCUCUCUGCUGAAGUGAGGUAAACGACAUGGGGCCCAUCUUGAGAUAACACUUGCCUCACAUCGACCAACUAUUCAGGUGUUCUGAGGCAAAUUUUCUGGCUAAAAUUCAAAGACACUUUUUUUAAAACUAAAGAAACAGCUCAAGGGCAACAAAAAAGGCGGAAAAAAGAAAAAAAAAGCCCACCAAUCGCCGUUUCCACAAAGACAAAAGAGAGGUCAAUUUCGGGAGGAGAGAUCUCUUGAAGGACGUGGCAUUAUGAUUGAUUGAUUUUCACACAAAUGCCUCAGAAAAGUGCAGAAACAACAGAGGGAGUCAGUUUCAUGUGUGUGUUGCUUGUGUUACUUCAGCAGGGAACGCCACAAUUGCUCUGUUACUUGGAGGGAGGAGGCAACAGGGAUGAGCCUCGUAACAGCCAGGUAUAGUUACGGUGCACUGACGAGAGGCAUCACACUGCACGCCACCUGUGUGUGUGUGUGUGUGUGUGUGUGUUGCCGGUUCACUUAUUGUCACAGAGCUGCUGACUCAGUUAAUGAAUGCUGAGUUUGUAUAUUGGUGCAGAUUAGAAUGUUUCAAAACCAUUUGUUGCUCUGCUUGUUCAGUUAUUGGAUGUUAAGUUUGUUUAUUGGUGCAGAUUAGAAUGUUUCAUAACCAUUUGUUGCUCCGCUUGUUCAGUCAAGUGUUGCCAUGCCCCUAAGAAGGCUAGGUUUCUUGAGGUCACGAGGAAGAUGAAAUUGUGUUCUAGUCUGCAGCUCAGGAUGGCUCAUGAAAGUAACAGAUGUGGACAAAACACGUCACCAGUAAGUGUUAGUCGGGGGACAACUCAUCAUGGCCUGUCCAACCCCAUAAGGAAAAAUAAGGAUGACAAAUAAGAAUAAAAAGAGGAGGAGGAGGAAAAAUGAUGGGAGAGAUUCACAGCCUGUCUGACCCCAUGAGGAAAAAUAAGGAUAAUAAACAAGAAUAGAAAGAGGAAAAUAAUGAAAAAGAAGAUGAUGUGCAAAUGAUAGGAGAGAUUCACAGCCCGUCUGACCCCAUAAGGAAAAAUAAGGACGAUAAACAAAGAGAAUGGUCAUGUUGGGUGUUAAGCGUAGGCCCCGGCAAAACUUAGGAGACUUAAACUUGUUGGUAAUAGUUUCCAGCACCUGCGAGUCUUGGAAAUGGACCCAAGCAAGAAACACGACACAAAGAUGAAGAAAAUUAAUAGUUUUCAUGGAUGUUAAAUUCCUGCGUUUGUGAUGAAAUGGAGGAGUAAGAAAAUUAAAGAUGAAAAAGUACAAAGACAGCGAAUGAUGGUUGUGGGAACUACCUGAAGCUGUCUCUUGGUAUCCAGUGAAAAUCAAACCCAAUAAUACUGCUCAGUGGUCAAAGAAGAAACCUUAUUGUUAUUUCUUAAUUUGUGAACUUUUGCCGUGAAGAAGAAAUUGCAACAGAAUAAACAUGCACAGAAGGAGGCACAGAAGGAAAAUGAAUAAUAGUUGCAGAAACUUCCAUGCAAUUCGUGUAAAAAAAUAAUAAUCUUCACAUGCAUGUACUGAGUGUGAGGAACAUUGAGUGUGUUGUUGGUGCUAAUAAUGUUAUGUGAGGCCUUGGGCGAGGUGCUGCACGGGGGCCGACGCAGCGACGAUGACUGUGUGUCCGUCCGUCUGUCUGUCUGUCUGUCUGUCUGUCUCUGCCGCAGCACACGCAGGAACAUCACAAUCUUUCCCAUUUGUAACAUGCCAAGUCCAGCAGCCGCCUCAGCCCUGCAGCGUGUGUGUGGGGUGGGGGGCAGACCAGGGGCUUCGUGUACAAUGGUGCCGCCUUUGUUGGGUAGACGUAGACUAAUAAUGCAUGAGGAUAUCUUAAGCUAAGGAUUUUAUAAUAAUAAGUUUCCAUCCUGUUGUUUUGGCCACAUUCAGUCUCAGUCUAGUGUGUGAAGAUCUCUAUUCAGGAGACAAUUCUGGGUGGUGCUGUCAGGCAGUGGUCAUCACUCUACGGCUGUCCUGUGACUGUGUUUAGAGUUGUUACUGACCUCUUGAGGUUAAAUCUACCUGGGAGGGCUGCACUUACCGUCACAUCACCACCUGCACACUGACCCAGGCACACAGCGGUGGGGGUCACCCUCAUGUGUGUGACCCUUCAUGGCCCGCUGCCGAGGACAGACUACAAUGUAUGCUAUUCUUGGUGAGAGCAAGGUGCUGCAGCCUCGGGUUAACAGAUGGGCUGAGUGAGUGACACCCGGACCAGCAGGGAGCGCCAGAGGGACAGGCAGCAGGCUCAGGAGUGGUGCUGGGCAAGGCUUGGCUCAGGGACUUGCCAGCAUCACCAAAUGUGGUUUAAAGCAACACACAAGAUUUGGUUUUAUUAGUUUUUUGUUGAUGUCUCUUUCUGAGCUGUUACUUUCUUCCUUUCUUCCUGUCCACGUGUCUUUCUCAACGUUUUUAUCUUCCCGGCACUUUUUUAUUUAUAGGGAGAAGCAAAUGGGAUGAUGAUGUUGUUGUUGUUGUUGCUGCUGUUGUUGUUCUGUGGUUGUGUGUCACAUUGGCCUCAGACUCAAACAAAUUUUAUAGGUUACUGCUGCUAUUACUACUACUACUACUACUACUACUACUACUACUACUACUACUUCAACUAUGUCAUGGAUAGUGUUUCUCUGUCCCAGUAAUGUAUUGUUAUCCACAUGUAUGAGACUAAGAAUAAAAAUUUCAAACUAUGUCUUUGGUAUAAUAGUAAUUUGAACCCAUUGAUGGCGACGAUGCGUAUCCUGCACACACACUCAAAGAUGAAAGAAACUUGUCACAUAUAAUUCCCAAGUACUAUAUUUCCAGCAUCACAAGAGAAGCACAGCAGAUUGGUAGGUAGGCGAGUCGUUUGAUACAACCCUCGUACAUUGAAAACGGAUCAAAGAGUAAACGACAAAACAUUCUUUAGCGUUAUGUAUAUGUUAUAAAAUGACAUGCGACUGGUGGGAGAGAUUUAUACCCCGUUCAUCCUCAUAUGGAAAAAUAAGGAUGAUAAAUGAAAAGAAGAAGUAGAAGAAAAUUAUGAAGAAGAAGAAAAAGGGAAUGAUGUGCAAAUGAUGGGAGAGAUUCACAGCCCGUCCAACCCCAUAAGGAAAAAUAACGAUGGUGCAACUUUUAAUGGUGAGUGUCAGCUGUCCUGCCAGAUGAUGAUCAAACAAGACUUCACAACAGCAGGAAAUGGCAUGCACCCUCUAAACCAUCCCCUUAUCCACGGCUCAUGACCACAGCACGGAGGGGUCACAGACAGCACUUCAAACUGUUGCAAGUCCAUAAAACUAACCACCAGCAUCUCGGAAGUGCUUCACCAUCUAUCAUCAAGGCCACAGCACUGAGGGGGGUCACAGGCAGCACCCAGAACUGUGACAUCUCCGUAAAACUAACCACCAGGAUCUCGGAAGUGCUUCGCCAUAAUCAGAGGAAUGGGGUGUAAAUCACUUAACUAUAUGAACACAGUAACUCUUAACUCCUUUAUUGCACUAAAUUAACUAACUCACUGAUAAAAGGCAGAUCUGAAUGUGUGCUUGGCUGCCGUUAUCAACACAAGGCGAUCAACUGGUAACUUGUGCUCCUACAAGUGUGUGCUUAAAUUAUCAUAUCAAUCAAGACUGUAGGUGAAGUAACUCAGCCUCAGACCAAGAAUAACAAGGCCUCUGGAGAAGGUGCAUAAGAGACGGAUGCCAAUAUUCAAGUAUUUCCUGGGAUGUGUAAAAGGGAAGAUGCGUUAUAUUACUCUUUACACAUGCUAUUUCAUCCCUUCCUCCCUACAUUUCUAUUACUUACACAUCCCAGGAAGAAGAAGAAACAAGUUUUGGGCGUAAGGAAGAGAUGCUAAUUUUUCUAGUGUUUCCUGGGAUGCGUAAAAUGGGAGAUGUGCUUUAUUACUCUUACACAUGCUAUUUCAUCCCUUCCUUCCUACUUUUCUAUUACUUACACAUCCCAGGAAAAAGAUACAAGUUGCGGGCGUAAGGAACAGAUGCCAUUUUUUCUAGUGUUUCCUGGGAUGCGUAAAAAGGGAGAUGUGCUUUAUUACUCUUACACAUGCUAUUUCAUCCCUUCCUCCCUACAUUUCUAUUACUUACACAUCCCAGGAAAAAGAUACAAGUUGUGGGCGUAAGGAACAGAUGUCAUUUUUUCUAGUGUUUCCUGGGAUGCGUAAAAAGGGAGAUAUGUUUUAUUACUCUUACACAUGCUAUUUCAUCCCUUCCUCCCUACUUUUCUAUUACUUACACAUUCCAGGAAAAAGAUACAAGUUGCGGGAACAAGAGACAUGCCAAUUUUUCUAGUAUUUCCUGGGAUGUGUAAAAGGGAAGAUGUGUUAUAUUACUCUUUACACAUGCUAUUUCAUCCCUUCCUCCCUACAUUUCUAUUACUUACACAUCCCAGGAAGAAGAAGAUACAAGUUGUGGGCGUAAGGAACAGAUGCUAAUUUUUCUAGUGUUUCCUGGGAUGCGUAAAAAGGGAGAUGUGCUUUAUUACUCUUACACAUGCUAUGUCAUCCCUUCCUCCCUACUUUUCUAUUACUUACACAUCCCAGGAAGAAGAAGAUACAAGUUGCGGGCGUAAGAAACAGAUGACAAUUUUUCAAGUAUUUCCUGGGAUGCGUAAAAAGGGAGAUAUGUUUUAUUACUCUUACACAUCCUAUUUCAUCCCUUCCUCUCUACUCUUCCUUUCAUUUACACAUCCCAGGAAGAACAAGAUACGAGUUGCUGGGGAAAAAGCUUAAUUAUUUUUACAUAUGCUAUUUUGUCCCUUCCUCUCUUCUGUUCUUAUUUUUAGACAUCCCAGGAAGAACAAGAUACAAGUUGCAGGGGAAAAGUGACCCUCGGUACACCAUAUACAAGGUCACUAUUCCUUUGCUGUUUUUUUUUGUUCUUCCUUCCUGCCUUUCCCAAUGCAUAUAAGAACACAAUGGCUCCGUCCCUUCUCCCCAUUCUCCUGCGGACACCUCUACCAAGAAUGAUUCUCUUGGGGACAGUAAACGAACGGAAAAGCAAUAAUGAAUGAAAACAAAUGGGUGUGCAAACCAGAACAUAAUGGCUCUGUACCUUAUGCCUCUUCUCCUGCGGACGCUUCUACUAGGAAUGAUAAUUUUGAGGACACGAAAGGAACCAAGGAGUAACAGUGAAUGAAACAAAUGGAUGUGCAAACUAGGACAAAGUGGCUCUGUCCCUCACACUCCUUCUCCUGCGGACAUCUCUAAUAGGAAUGAUUUUUGAGGACACGAAAAGAACGGAGCAGUAACGACGAAUGGAAUAUGAACGCAGAGACUCGACAAAAUCGUUUCAAUCGUCUGUUCACUUAAGUCUGACCCAAGUUGACAACAUAAACCUAAGCGUGUUUGCAAGCUGAGUGCUGAUUGGCUACUGCUGUGGCUUCCAAGUUUUCUUUAACCUCUGUUUGUGUUUAUCUCACGCAGCACUUUCCGCUAAUCUGUACUGUGCUUACGAACACGCUUAGGUUUAUGUUGUCAGCUUGGGUCAGACUUAAGUGAACAGACUAUAGUUCCUGUGAAAACCUCAACUAGGAAUGAUUCUCUUGAGGACACUAAAGGAACAAAAGGAAAGGAAAGGACAGUAGAGGAAAGAAACAGUAACAAUGAGUGAAACAAAUCAUCGUAGACUCGACAGAAAAGUUUCAGUCCCUUACGCUCCUAAUUCCUGUGGACGCCCCUUCUAGAAAUGAUUCUCUUGAGGACACGAAAGGAACAAAAGGAAAGGAAAGGACAGUAGAGGAAAGAAACAGUAACGAUGAGAGAAACAAAUCAUCGUAGACUCGACAGAAAAGUUUCAGUCCCUUACGCUCCUAAUUCCUGUGGACGCCCCUUCUAGAAAUGAUUCUCUUGAGGACACGAAAGGAACAAAAGGAAAGGAAAGGACAGUAGAGGAAAGAAACAGUAACAAUGAGUGAAACAAAUCAUCGUAGACUCGACAGAAAAGUUUCAGUCCCUUACGCUCCUAACUCCUGCGGACGCCUCUAAUAGGAAUGAUUCUCUUGAGGACACGAAAGGAAC